AUGGACUGUGCCGAGAUGAUCAACGAGAAGGAGCUUAGGGUACGAUUCGUCCUCGCAACCCUAGUCUCAACUGUGAUCAAUCUCUACGACCGUCUUAUUGAACAGCGGCGGCAAGAGAAGUUGGACCGAGGUCAGAAUAAGAGAAUCAAGGAGCUCGAGGAGCGGCUGAGUGAAGCCGAGGAAUAA